AUCAUUGAUAAUUUCGGAAUUGCUCAUCCUGCGCGCGCGCUGUUGGACAGCGCAUCGCAGCCGAAUCUAAUUAGCGAUCGACUCGCUAAACGGCUGAAUUUGAAGAAGAGUAACGUACACGUUACCAUUGUUGGAGCAGGACAAUCUACGAAGACAGUACGGGAAUCCGUACACGCCCAGAUUGCCUCUCGAGUGACAGCGUUUACGAUCAAUACUGAGUUUUUGAUGGUCGACAAUUUGAUAGCGAAUCUUCCAACGCGCGAUGUUUGCACCAAAAACUGGAAGAUACCGCCUGGCAUCAAUUUAGCAGAUCCGAUGUUCUACAAAUCUGCUCCCGUUGAUAUCAUUCUCGGCGCUCGUCAUUACCAUGCAUUCUUUGAGAAUGCCACUCAGCUUCGUCCCGCACCUCAUCAACCCGUCAUGAUUAAUAGUGCUUUCGGUUGGGUAGUGACCGGUACCACAGCUGAUCAGAAUGUGUCAUCUAAAACCCAUCCUACCACUUCCUAUUCAAUCGUCUGCAUGGCAUCAUUGGAAGAAUCCCUACAACGAUUUUGGCAACUAGAAAAUUUAACGGUUAAUGAUGCAUACUCACCCGAUGAACGGCAUUGCGAAUCAUUUUAUAAAGCAACCACUGAACGUGACGACACAGGUAGAUAUAUUGUCCGUCUACCAAAACAGCCCGACUUCGGAGAAAAACUCGGCCUGUCCAGAGCUCAAGCCAUCCGUCGGUUUGAACUUCUUGAGCGAAGACUAGAACGCGAUCCAGCACUUAGAGAAGCAUACCAAGCAUUCAUGAAGGAGUACUUAGAACUGGGACACAUGUCUCCUAUAAGCACUGAUACUACUGAUGAUACAGCUGCUUAUUAUUUACCGCAUCAUCCUGUUUUCAAAGCUUCAAGCACCACUACAAAGGUUAGAGUAGUUUUCGAUGGUUCGGCAAAAACGUCGACUGGUUAUUCGCUGAAUGAAACGUUGCGGGUUGGACCCAUAGUUCAGGAUGAACUAAUAGACAUCGUUCUACGUUUUUGCACAUUUAAAAUCGCUGUUGUUGCUGAUAUAGCAAAAAUGUAUCGGCAAAUCGUCCUGCACCCUGAUGAUCGACGUUUAGUUCGCAUCUUUUUUCGAUUCUCACCGGAAUCGCCUAUGGAAUUGUACGAGCUGAAUACCGUGACAUACGGUUUGUCUCCAUCAUCGUUCUUGGCCACUCGUACUCUGUUGCAGCUUGCGGAAGAUGAAGGUGCAGCUUAUCCACUUGCCACACCUGCGCUUAAGCACAAUUUCUACGUUAACGACUUCAUUGGUGGAGCAAACAGCGUGGAUGAAGCUCGGAGCCUUCGGCAGCAACUAUCGGAUCUGCUCUCCAAGGGCGGGUUCGAACUCCGAAAGUGGACUUCAAAUUGUUUGGAAGUGCUCUCCGGUUUACCAGCGGAGCAUAUCGGUACACAAUCCUCGCUGCAGUUUGUGCCAAACGAGAAGGUAAAGGCUCUUGGCAUCAUAUGGAAACCCGAACUCGACGUGUUGUGUUUCGAAUCACCAGCUGCAGUCGAUACAACCACCAUCACCAUGAGAUCAAUAUUAACGAAUAUUGCCCGAAUGUUCGAUCCCCUUGGAUUGAUCGCUCCGGUCAUUAUACGUGCGAAGCUGCUCAUGCAGGAAUUGUGGCUGCAGAAGAUCGGAUGGGACGAUCCGGUUCCCGUUCACAUCUAUAACAAAUGGAAGGCUGUUAAUGAUGAUUGGAAAGAUUUGGCUGACUUCAAACGUGAUAGGUAUGUGCUCUUACCAAACUCCAAAAUACAAUUCCAUACAUUUGUAGACGCGUCAGAGGUAGCGUAUGGUGCCUGUAUUUACGCACGUUGUGAAGACCAGCAGGAGCACGUUCGAGUUAGUUUGCUCGCAUCAAAAUCUCGAGUAGCCCCACUGAAACGCGUCACGCUGCCAAGACUGGAACUGUGCGCAGCCGUGUUAGGAGCUCAUCUGCAUCAUCGUGUUCGACAAGCAAUGCAAAUCGAAGUCACCGAUUCGUUCUUCUGGUCGGAUUCCACGGUCACGCUAAACUGGAUUGCGUCACCACCCAACACCUGGAAAACCUUUGUGGCUAAUCGUGUUGCUGAGAUCCAGAACUAUUCACAUCCUCGUCAGUGGAAACACAUUCCCGGCUCAACAAAUCCCGCCGACCUGGUAUCUCGUGGGAUGUCAGCAGUGGACAUGCUGAAAAGUUCGAUAUGGAGUUGCGGUCCCGAGUGGUUGAGGUUACCUGCUUCUGAUUGGCCGAUUUCGAAUCCAUUGCUGGCGGCCGAAGCUGAUAUUGAAAUUCGUCAGGUGAGUGCUGUAGUCGCAAAUGUACAGACCACUCACCCUUGGUUCGAUUUGUGGUCGUCAUACACCAAAUUGUUACAUGUAAUCGCAUAUUGCACACGAUUCAUACACAAUACCAAACACAAGACACGCACACAACAAUCGUCACCAGUUACUACAUCCGCGAUCACACCUAAGUUCCUGGAAGCAGCUAAACUCGCAUUAUGCAAGCUGGCGCAACAAGACGAGUUUUCAUCGGAGAUCCGGCUGCGGUACAGCACCGUUCUUCAGCAGAUAGAAGCGGCGAUGAACUCGCGUCCCUUGCUGCCGAUGACGGAUGACCCGAACGAUUUGGCCGCGCUUACUCCUGCGCACUUCCUGAUCGGUACUUCCAUGUACGCCGUCCCCGUUCCCGACUACACGCGCCUGAAGACCUACACUUUGGAUGAACUACAAACCUGGCAAUUACUCGUGCAACGUUUCUGGAAGCAAUGGACCACCGAGCCAGAUAGCCAGAGUGUACUGCCCCCUUAA